UAUUGUUGUUAAAUUGAGAAGGAUGAGGAGGAGUGGGAUAAAGAAGGCAGGGAACACGUAGCAAGCGAAGCAGAGUGUGAUGAGGAGGAGGAGGCACAGCUGAGGACAGGACGCCACCAUGUUGGAGCUAGAGGUGUACCCGGAACAGUCCCUCAGCUCAGAGAAAUGGGAGUUUGUACUAGGGAUGCACUUCAGCCAGGCGGUGGCCAUUAUCCAGCACCAGGUCGGCACCAUUCGUGGAGUUCAUGUCCUCUACAGCGAUACUACCUCUCUGGAGACUGACCUGAUCCUGAACCUGUCUCAAGAUGGCAUCCAGCUCUUCUUCGACCCCCUGUGUCAGCGUCUCAAGGUCAUCGAGGUGUAUAACAUGAAGGCGGUCAAGCUGAAGUACUGUGGCAUAACAUUCAGUUCUCCGGAGGUCAUCCCAAGCAUUGAGCAGAUUGACCACUCUUUUGGCGCCACCCACCCCGGCGUUUAUGACUGGGAGAGGCAGAUUCUAGCUAUCAACUUCCCAGGGUUAUCUUUCUUCUUCUCAGUGGAUCAGAAGUACCAGCCCAGCCUCAACAAGGGCUUCAGCUCCCUCAUGUUCCCCAGUGGAGCCUCCCCUGUGGUGUCUAAGAUGCUCAUAUACAGUGGCAACAAUCCUAGUGAUCCGAGGGCGCCUCCACUGCCAGCCUCCUGCAUUCACAACCUCAUCCACCUUGACUCUCUGUUGGUGCUGCGAGACAUGGGGAAGACUAAGGAACUUCGACUUAGCCUCUUCACGGAUGACGGCCGGGCGCGCCACCACGACUCCCGGCAGACCUUCACCCGCACCAUUCAGUUUGGGGCAUCGUGCCAGGAGGUGGCCAUGGCCCUGGGUGCCCCCUCCAGGGUGUUCUACAAGUCUGAGGACAAAAUGAAGAUUCACAAUGCCCACGCGAGGAAAGCCACCACCCGCUCUGACUUCUUCUUCAACUACUUCACCCUUGGCCUGGAUGUGCUGUUUGACGCCAAGACGCAGCGUGCCAAGAAGUUCGUCCUGCACACAAACUUUCCUGGCCACUACAACUUCAACAUGUAUCACCGCUGUGAGUUUGAGCUGCCCCUCACUGUGCCCCGGCAGCCUGAGGACGGCACCCAGCUCAUCGACCUCCCCUCCACCAUCACGGUGCAGAGUGUGACCUUGUGGGACACCCUGGGGUCACGCAUCAAGCCCCGUGGCCGCCCCGUUGUGCUGCAUCGCUCCUCCUCCACCAACACCUCCAACCCGUUUGGCUCAACCUUCUGUUAUGCAUAUCAGGACAUCAUCUUUGAGGUGAUGGCCAAUGGACACAUAGCCUCCGUCACACUGUAUGAGAGUGAGGAGGCUGCAUAGUACUGGCUGUAGCCCUGGCCUGGGAAGUGCCCCACGUCAGCUGUGAGGCCGCCCUGCCCUUCCUGCCCCCCCACACACACCACAUGUUCAAGCACAUACUGCAUACUUUCACUCACUCAGACACCUCACAUGUACACCACACACCACAUUCAGACACCCAGGCACACUCCACACACAUGCACACUACCUAAGUAACUGUAAAGGUACAUUUAUAUAUAUAUAUAUAUAUAUGUAUAUGUAUAUGUAAACACUCUUAAUCUAACCUCAGGAAAGGUGUUGAUUUUUCUUGAGAUGGAGCAUGAUUGAGUGAGUUUUACAAUUUUUUACUCAUUUGAGGCAGAAACCAGGGCGAGGCUAGGAAGGCAAGGCUAAUUGGCUGGCUGGCGGCCUUGGGGACUGGCAGAACACACACAGAACACACACAAAACAGAACAUUACCAUUACUCUCUUCUCAUUUCUCCAUGAAUGACGCGCUGGUGCCAGACUGUUCAAGACCUCUCUUCAGCUUUUCCCUCAAGUUGAAGUUGGUGAACCUCAGAGCCAGCAAGUGUCACAGGACAUCACCCCAGGGAGUUGACAUGUGGCACUGAACAGGGACAGUGCUGUGACAGUGCCGUGGCAGUGCCGUGGCAGUGGUGUGGCCCGUGUGUGCUGCAGUGAGCCAAGAGACAGUCUGUGUGGCUCUGCAGGGCCUUGAGGUUAGUGUGAGAGACAUUUCAAAGGACAUUUACCGCCUGGCAUACUGUUGCCCCCUCCACGUCUCCUGAGUGAGAGGUGGAGGAGGUGGAGGAGAGGUUGUGGUGAUGAGUGAUGUGUAGUGUGGUGGUGUAGUGUCCAGGCAAACCAGAAAGCUGAGUGGAGGAGAGGCUGAGGUUGUGGUGUAGUGGUGGUGUUGUGGAGUGGUGGUGCAAUGUCAAUCAAACCGGAGAGCUGAGUUGACAGGCUUCCGUUGUCUGCUGGGCCACGCUGAACUCAGCUGGACCUGAGAGCAUUGUGGCAGCCCCUCCCUGCCCCUCCACUCAGCGGGACACUGGCAGCAACACAGACUGGCGGCCGAGUGAAGGCAUGUGUCUGCAGUCGAGAAAAUGGCCAGACGGCGCGAGUUUUUAUCAUAAAUUAAAAAAAUAUUAUCACUUUUUAUUAAGUGUGUGAAGUGUUUUUGGGUGCAUUGCGAGUGUACGAGUGUCGCACGUUUGUCCCCGAGACGCACACAGCACGGCACUCUUUGCUGCGGUGCCGGGAGGGGCGUGCAGUGGUGCCUCCCUGUGUCGGAGGGGACGGUGCCAUAUUGUCAAGGUGUGAGCCUUGUUCCGUAGUUCAAAGAUUCUUGUUUGGUAGUUCAAAGACUCAUCAUCAGCAUCAGGCACAAAGAGCUGUAAAUAACUCCACCACUGCUUCUAUUCACAGUGUUGUUUACAUGCCCACCUCCCCUCUUUUGUUUACUUAACGGAGACUCGCUUCAGGCCGCCGUCACGGAACACACGAAUUAGCAGUGUUAUUGUGUUCCGCACGGCCAGAAAGCUUCACCCCAGGCAUUGUGGGUGAGGGCAGGUGGUGGUGCCCAGCGUCACCUAGGAACUGUGUGUGUUCAUUCUGAGUUGGCAUGACUGUUUACUUUGGUUCUCUGCUACCACACCUUGUCUUGGUGGUGUCUGGUGAGGGAGUGACAAGUGAAGAAGCCUGUUCAUCAAGUUGGUGUGACAGUCUUGCUUGGUUCCCUCACUGUGUUGCUGCCUCUGGUGACAUCUAGUGAGGGAGUGACAAGUGAAGGAGCCUGUUCAUCAAGUUGGUGUGACAGUCUUGCUUGCUUCCCUCACUGAACACCACACGCUCGUCUCUGGUUCUCCCUCACUGUGCCCUGCCUUGGGUGACAUCCAGCGAGGGGGGGUGACAAGCAGGGCAGGCUGUGGGGGUGCCGGGCUCAAGGGCUGGGCGCCGCACUGUGCCAGGAUGAGCCACAGUGCAGGCAGGAAGACAGGUGCCAGGUGCCAGCUGGUGGUUGCUGGCUGCCUGGCUGCCAUCUCUCACAUUGCAGUAUCUUUGUUGCUCCAUUUUAUCUCCCUGGUUGUGUUUGGAAAUGUGGUUUUUCCAGUGUUUUUUUAAUUUCUUGUUAGGUUUUAUUAAUGGAGACUGAAGGAGUCCGGAAUAUUUAAGACUGAGGGCGGCAAGGAGCCGUUCUUGCUUAGGUUAUUUAAGUCGAGUGUGUGUGUGUGCGUGUGUGUGUGUGUGUGUGUGUUUUGCUCAUGAGUUACAUACAGCAGAGAGGAUCACAGAGAGACAUUUCCUAAUUAACUGAGAUUACAGACAAUCAGCGUUAUAUUACUUAACAUUACAAUAAGUCAAACCUUGGAUCUGGUUUGUAAUUUAAGUUGAGGCUAUAGCAGGUCCCUCUCAGCCCUGACUAGGCUCUGUGGGACCCCAGGCCAGGCACAGCAGAGGUGGAGGAGGCGGAGGAGGUGGAGUGUGGCCAUUGAGGGCAGUGGUGGUGAGGGUAGGGUGUGAGGCAAAGAUAGGAUAAAUAGAGACUGAGAGAAGGGAGUGGAUAGGGACAGCUGGGUGGAAGAGAAGGACUUGUCAGUUUUGUCAUGGAGAGGCAGUGAGCUAACAGAAGUAUUUAGCAAAGUAGGUAAGCAGGAACAGGAAUAAGAAACAAACCAAUAAGAAUAAUAAGAAAUAAGAAACAGACCAAAAGAAACCAAAGGAAGGUGAAUAAGGAAAUGCAAGUCAGUACAUCAGUUACAGCAGUCCCCAACACACCCACACAGGCACCCAGGAGUAGUGUCAGCCAGAGUUAGCAGUGUUACGUGUCCCAGGGCUGUAGGUCGUGUCACUGAGGGUGGAGGUGGCCAGUCGUAUUGCUCCCCCAUCCCCACAUUCCCCCAUGAGGGCUUCCAUCCCCCGCAGGAGGAGCAGGUGUUGUGCUGUUUCACCGACCUGCUUGUUGUGCUGGCCGGAGAGAGUGUUUAGUUUUAUUAAGGUUAUUAGUGUUACUGCGAAUUCUCGUACAGCACUGAACUGCAGGAGUGUUUGUGUGUGUAUAAUGUCCUCCAUCUUGAUACAAACUUGGUAUUGCUUAAAUUGUCUUUGUACUAAAUUCAAAUGGAUCAGUUUUCAGCAGUGUCUUACGAUUUUUUCAACACUUUAUUAAAAUUUAUCAGCACUUCAAAAAACAUGCAUUGGCUUUGUCAGAUUUGGAUUUCAUUGUUAUUGCUAUUUGUUCAGUUUUCUUUAUAUUUAUUUUGUUUAGCUGUGGUGUGGGCUGACUGCAAUACUGAGGGGGUCUAUGUUUGUCGUUAUUGUUAUUAUUAUUAUUAUUAUUGGUCUCGUUCAUUAUUUUCCGUACGAAUUAUCUUUUGUGUUCAAGACGUAAUGGUCGGGUGUACAAGGCAUCCGACACCAUUGCAUUCUGGGUGGUUUCAUUCGUGUUUUAUUUUGUUUCUUUGUUUUUGUUCAUAUCUUUCUUUUGUUUAUUUGUUUUUAUUUAUAUUUUCCUUUUUUUAUUUGUGGUUUGAUUAAUUUUCUUUUGUGUAUCUGUUUUUAUUUAUAUUUCCUUUCAUUUAUCUGUGUUUUUACUUAUUUAUUUUUUUGUUUAUCUAUUUUUAUUCAUAUUUUGUGCGGCGCCUGCAGUGCUGUGCCUGUGUGUGCUGCUGCCGCCACCGCCGCCGCCGCUGCCCACUCUGGGCCACGCGACACUUUCUUACUUUUAAAUCAUAAAAAAAAAGACAAAGCCAGGAAAAAAAAUAACAAAAAAUAAAACAUACUAACAUGACAAACACCUCAAACUGAACAAAAAAAACAAAAAAAGAAAGAAAAAGAAAAAAGAAAUACAUACAUACAUAAAUACAUACAUACAUACUCGUACAUACAUACAUACAUACAUCCUCUAUGUUUGUAGUUCUGAAUUUCCAAUAAUGUCUUUCAUAUAUGAAGCAUUAGAAUACUUAAUAAUACAUACUAGGAUACAUAGAUCUUAAGGCUGGGAUGUAUACCUUGUCUUGCUGCCGUUGUGUUGCGCCUCAAGACUGCCAAGAGAGGGAGGGAGGGAGGGAAGGGGAGGGAGGGGGCAGUGAACACCUUAGGGCUUGGCUGUCUGGUCCUUCUACCUCUCUUUCCCUCUCCUGUAGCAGUGAGGGGAGGUCUGAGUGGGUGUGUUGCUGCUGUUGUGUUGUGCCUCAAGACUGCCAAGGGAGGGAGGGAGGGAAGGAGGGGGUAGUGAACACCUUAGGGCUUGGCUGUCUGGGUCUUCUAGCUCUCUUUCCCUCCUGUAGCAAUGAGGGAGGUCUGAAUGGAUGUGAGUGGGAGGGUCUGAGUGAGUGAGUGAGUAUAGUCAUAUUCUGAAGCAGUUUACUCAUUCAUAGUUGGGGAUUCAUUUUACCUUGAGCUUGUCUUUAUGCUGUCUUGGUUCAGAGGAGUUGCUGGCACCUUCCUUGUGUAUGUGUGUGUGUGUGUAUGUGUGUGUGUGUGGUAGGACUGCCUCUCUUUGCCAUACUCCCAAAUAUUAAUACUGUCCUUUUUUUUUUUUUUCCUUUUUCCGUCUCCUUUCAUUAUUCUUUUCCACUUUCAUUCUUGUCAUCAUCCUGUUUUUCUUCUUUUCUAUCUCUUGACUCUCCCUUCUCUCCUCUUUCAUUCCUGUCAGCCAUCCUAUUUUUUCCUUUUUUUUUUUUCCUCUCCAUUCAGUCUCCUCCCCUUUCAUUCUUGUCAUCAUUCCCUUUUUUCCCCAUUCCUUUCUCCUCCCUUCCCACAUCCUUUGAAGUGAAGGGAAGGGAAGAGAAGGGAAGUUUGGGGGGAUGUGUGGCUGUCUCCUCCUUUUCCUCCUCCUUGGAUAAACCAGUAACAGUUUAUAGGACUCAAUAUUGUGUGUGUGUGUGUGUGUGUGUGUUACCCAAGGGUCUAGAGGCGCCACACAUGGCCGUGGUGUGUGGCGGUGUGUGUUUCUGACGGUAGCUCCAUAAAAAAUAUAUAUAAAGAUCUCAGAAAAACCAAAAAAAGAUAUUUAUUUUUAAGGAUCAUCAGGUAACAUUUUUGUCUCCCCUCUCUCUCUAUAUAUCUGCUACGGUAAGCAAUAUUUUCUAGCCGUUAUUGAUAUACAUAUAUUUAACCACAGUAUUUUUCACACUUUGCUUUGUGUGUGUGUGUGUUUGUGCAUGUUCGUGUGCACGUGGGUGUGUGUUAUGUGCAGUUUUCAAAUAGCCGUUAAUUUGCUCACAGACUUGAGAGAUUUCAGGCAGCAUGGGUGUAUCUGUCCUCCGAAACACUUCUGCACCACACCUCCACUGUACAAAGGCUCUAGAUGAAGUGACGUGGGUUUUCAAGGGUGUUUCUGUGAUUCUGGUGAUGGAUGAACAAGAUUUCCAUACUAUUAGCAGGAGAAACACUCUUGAGAACAUGGCUAUUCAUCUAUGUGGCCUUGGAGAACAGUCGUAGUGAAAGAGCAAGGUGUUUCUGAGUACGGGUUAAGGCUGCCUGUGUUUGUGUGGCUGCCCUGAGUAGUGGUGACAGAACUCAGACUUCAAGCCAGUAAAACAAGAAUUAAUAUGAGUAAUAAAUUUUUAAGUUCACCUCUUUUUUUAUCAGAGUUUCCUAAGAAUUGAUAUUUUGUUGGUGUUUCAUCUGUUCCACAUUACAAUAUUAUCCCCCCUUAGUCUUCCUCUAUCCCCUGUUACACUGCAGAUUUUUCCCUUCCUCCUCCUCCUCCUCCUCGUUACUUUCUUCCUAUAGACAUUUUCCUAAGAAUAUUUUGUUGGUGUUUUUUCCAUUCCAUCUUACAUAUCCCCCCCUCCUCCCCCCCUUCUCCUCCUCCUCCUCCUCCUCCUCCUCAUUACUUCCUAUACAGCCAGAACAAGACACAGUUUCCUAAGAAUACUUUUGUGAUGGAAUCUUCACAGUGGAGGUUUAGGUCAGUCAGUUUUACCUCUUAACACAGGCAGUGUUUUGUUGCUGUGUGGCUGUGUGUGUGUGUGUGUGUGUGUGUGUGUGUGGUGUUGUGGUGGUGUCUCCCAUGCACACCAAUGCUUGUCCUGUGUGCUCAUGAGGACAGCGUGUGUGUGUGUGUACUUAAGAUUACUGUGUUGUAUUGGUAUGGUGGUGGUGGUGGUGGUGGUGGUGGUGGUGGUAGUAGUUGUGGUAAGACACAGGAUGGAAUAGAAGUUUGUCUCCUUUGUGUUCUAACUCAAGAUGACAACCUUACCUGUCUUAUUUCUCUAUUGCAUUCUCUCUCUAAAGAUGACAAUUUUACUUCUCUGUCCCAUUCUCUCUCAGGACAAGCUUACCUAACAUAUUUCAACUUUCUUUCUCUAUCCUAUUCUCUAUCCUAUUCUCUUCUCUAUCAUAUUCUCUCCGAACCUAACUCUGAACUGAUGAGUCUCUAUCAUAUUCUGUCUACACAUAACUUUUAAUAUUCUCUUCCUGACGACACCCUACUGAAGCAAGAGAGACAAAGUUCUCCUUCACUGUAUCACCACCACCACCACCACAACCCCACUCACUCACACAUUGACACUAAGUUCAUUUAUACAUAUGAGAGAGAGAGAAUGUAUAUCUGUAUCAAUAUUAAGACAUAUAUCACCCACCUAUUUAAGAGCCAUUUGGACACCUUAGGCUUACAGGAACAGGAGGAAAUGACACAAACUGAUUAAUAUAAAGACUCUCAGUUGAUCUUCCCUUCCUUCUCUCCUGUGUCACUUUAAAAAUAGAGAGUCUUAAGAAGUUGGAGUGUUAUGUAAGACAAGAGGGAGGCAAUAAAAGCUGAUUCACUCUAUUUCUUUAUACAAGCACUACCAGUUAAUCUUCUCUCUCUCCCUCUCUUGUGUCACCUUAUGAAUAACUUAAGGAAGAGGUGGUAUUGUGUAGGAGACAGACAAGGGGAGACUAAAGCUGAUUCACUCUAUUUCUUUAUACAAACACUACCAGUUAAUCUUCUCUCUCUCCCUCUCUUGUGUCACCUUAUGAAUAACUUAAGGAAGAGGUGGUAUUGUGUAGGAGACAGACAAGGGGAGACUAAAGCUGAUUCACUCUAUUUCUUUAUACAAGCACUACCAGUUAAUCUUCCAUCUCUCCCUCUCUUGUGUCACCUUAUGAAUAACUUAGGGAAGAGGUGGUAUUGUGUAGGAGACAGACAAGAGGCAACACUAAAGCUGGUUCACUCCAUCUCUUCAUACAAGCACCACCAGUUUAUCUUCCCUCCCUCUCUCCCUCUCUUGUGUACUGUUUAGAACUUAAUGAAGAGAUGAUACUGUGUAGGAGACAGACAAGUGACACUAAAGCUGGUUCCCUCCAUUUCUUCAUUUCUUUCCUCCCUUCCUUCCUCUCUUUUAUCACCUUAAGAAUAAAGAGCAAUGGUUGUUUUAAGAGGAAGUGAAUUGUAGGAGAAAAACAAGAAGGAACACUGAAGCAAAUUCACUCCAUUUAAAACAAACCACCAAUUCUCCCUUCCCUCUUCUGUCACCUUAAGAAUAUAGAGCAAUGAUAACUGGUGUAUUGUAGAAGGAAGAUUAAGAGGAGGGAAGGUAAAGAGUGUUUAGAAGAUAGAAAGCUUGAAGACAUUGCAACACCUGUGAAUAGCUGACAUCUGUGUGUGUGUGUGUGUGUGUGUGUUGUAUUGUAGGAGGAAGAUUAAGAGAAGGGAAGGUAAAGAGUGUUUAGAAGAUGGAGAGAAAGCUUGAAGACACUGCAACACCUGUGAAUAGCUGACAUCUGUGUGUGUGUGUGUGUGUAUGUAUAGGAAGCAGCAUGAACAAUAGUCAGUCUUCAGUGGGACUUAUAAUUUCAAACACCUUCCCACACUCUCCUCUCCCACCCCUUGCUGCUUCUCCCUCAUGUGUCAGAGCAGUGGUGAUUCCCAAGUGAGUGUUUGUGUUGUUGCAGUGUGACCCGCCUCUGACAAACAAGAGAGUGGUUUAAGUGUACGAUUCACUCAUCAUUUCUUUGUUUUGAUUCGUAAUUGAAUUUUUUCAGUGUUUGUGUUUUUGAAAUAUCAUCCAGUGCUUCCUCUGGCAAACAAACAGGAUGAGGUUUAAAUGUACAAUUCAUUCGUUUCUUUGUUUUGAUUUAUAAUGCAGUUUUUUUCAGUGUUUGUUUCUGAAAUAUCAUCCAACGCUUCCUAUGACAAACAAACAAAAGAAAACGAGGUAUAAAUGUUGAUUCACUCCUCAUUUCUUUGUGUUCUUAUUCAAUUUCACUUUCCGUUGUACAUCCGUUCGUCUGCAUCUAGGCGUCUUGUGUUUGCCUUGCCUUGCUGCCCAACAGGCUCCCGUCGGUGUCACUCUAGCUAAGGCUUGUGUAGCAUAACCAGCAUAAGUGUAAAGAGUCGAUGUGUAAGUGUGUGUAAGACUUAGUCGUUACAACAGACAAGUACAACAUAGCACGACGCAUCUCUAGAGAGCAGAAGUGUGUGUGGCAGGCCUCUGUAUUAUCUCACUGCUGCUACAAGGUUAGAUGGAGUGUGGGAUGAGUAGUAUGCUCCUCUCGCUCUCCCCCAGCCCAGCCACUCACCAGCCACACGCUAUCUCUGUGCCAUUCUUAAUUAGUUCUGCGUGUGGUCACUCAGAAGGUUACACGGGUCUUUGUUUUCUGUGUAAGGAUUGUGUUGUGCUCUCACCCCUGCUGUGUUGAGUGUACGUGUGUGUGUGUGCAUGUCAGGCCAAGGUGGUGUGUGCUGCUCUUGCUUUGUGGUGUCCGAGGUGUCAUGUGCGGCGCUGCACUGUGUAUCUGUGGUGUUGUCUGUACUGUACCACACGCCAGUGAUGUGUAGCCUUGAGAUGUACUGUCUGUGCACCUGUCAUACACUCCAAUAGAACACCCUAGGAGGCACUGACAUGGGUGAGCCUGUCCCAUCAUCCUACACACUAGAGAAUGCUGUGUGCCCUUAAGAUACUGUCUGUAUACCAAUCAUACACUAACGACAUGGUUGAACCUGUCCCAUCAUACUACACACUAGAGAAUGCUGUGUGUCCUUAAGAUACUGUCUGUACACCAGUCAUACACUAAUGAGAUACCCCAGCAGGCAAUGACAAGGGUGAGCUUCCUGUCCUAUCAUACCACACACUAGAGAACACUGUGUGCCCUUAAGAUACUGUCUGUACAUCUGUCAUACACUAACGAGAUACCCCAGCAGGUGAUGACAAGGGUGAACUUCCUGUCCCAUCAUACCACACACUAGGGAACACUGCCUACCGUUAAGAUAUUGUCUGUGCACUUAUCAUACACAUAAAACACUCUUGAAGGCAAUGACAAGGGUGAUCCUGUCCCUUCAUGUUUCCAGCAAGUUACCUCACCCAUCUUUGAGACUGAAAGCUUGAGUGGAAGGAAGCCAGACUGUUAUGGCAUCUCCCUGACUCUUGAUGUUCCCUGCAAGUUACAGCUUUGCUCUGAACCCUUGAGUACUUGUAUGCUUCAUCUGACCCUCUGCCAUGCUUUCUCCUAAAAGUUUCAUCUGUAAACUAAAAUCUUGAGUGUAUUCGUUUAGAAGCUACAGUCGUGGUACCUUUCUGUCCCUCCAUGUUUGCUAAUGUUGCACUCUUAGAUUCAAAUCUUUAUAUUCUUCACCUGUCCCCUCAUGUCUCCUACACCUAACACUAUUAGAUUCAAACCUUGCUUACAUCCAUUAUACACUGUGCUGUUGGCAACAUAAUUUCCUCAAACAUAACAUUCAAACCAUUUAUACAUCCUUCACCAGAUCCUCUCCAUGUCUCCAAGUCACUUUUAGAUUCAAACCUUGAGUGUAUCCACCUAUAAACUGUGCUGUCGGUGUGGUGUCUGUAGCGCAGGGUGAGAGUUGAGCUGUGUAACCUCCAGUGCUUGGGUGAGUGGCUGCUGGGUGACGUGUGCUGGGGUGACUGUCUCCUCAUCGCCUCCAGUUUAGCAAGACUUGGGUGUUGUAGAGAAGGUGAUUUUUAUACCUGCUGAAGUGUUUUGUGGCUGGGAGCUGUUUUGAUUUAGUUUUAGGUAGAGUUUGUACCUCUCCGCUGCUACUGGGUAAAGUGAGGAGAGAGGGAGGGAGGGAGGGACAGUGUAGUCUGAACAGAGAUGAGAGGGAAGGUUUAAGUGUAAAGUGUGCAUUGCUAUUGAGAUGGAAAGAUGAAUGGAGGGGGGAGGGACAGAUGGUUGGCCGUUUUAGCCAGACCAGGAAUGGAAGGGAAGGUUUGUGAAGUGAAGUGUACAUUACUGAUAAGAUGAAAAAAACAUAAUGAUAGUUUUUCCUGAAGCUAAGCAGAUCCUUACUUCAACGAGGCAAUAUGUAUUAUUAUUAUUAUUAUUAUUAUUAUUAUUAUUAUUAUUAUUAUUAUUAUUAUUAUUAUUAUUAUUAUUAGUGAGCUAAGAGGUAUUGGAUGUGCCUGAGUGUCUCUUGGUAGUAAUAAUCUAGAUGUUGAAGGAGAGACAGACAGACAGAUAGUCGUGGAGGUUUGGCCUGCAUUCUUCCAGGCCUUGUGUCACUUGAGUGGUCGCUGCCGCCUGUCAGUGAUGCGUCUAGACAAGUGGAGUGUGCACGCCAUCACCUUGACAGAAUGUUGAGGAAUUGUGGGUCUUUUUUAGUGUUUUCAGAAAUACAUAUGUGCUGUGUUGUGUUUCCCAGCAAGCAAUGAUUUGAGUUACAUUUAAAGUCAUUAUUUCUCAUGUGUGUUUCCUGAAUCUGUACUUUGAUAUUGAACUAUUGCUAUUAUUAUUAUUAUUAUUAUUAUUAUUAUUAUUAUUAUUAUUAUCAUCAUCAUGAUUAUUAUUAUUGUAAAUGUAGUGCUGAAUUUUGCAAUGUGAUAGUAUUCUGUAACUGGCAAAUGGCUGGAAUGAAAUUAUUUUUUAUAUGAUCAAGUGAGAGUCAAAUGAUUUUCCUUUAUAAUGUUUGUCAUCCUUGAAAUACUAGACUUAAUAAAGGCAUUGUAUAAAAAUUUUCCUGUCAUAGCAGCAGCAGCAGCAGCAGCAGCAGCAGCAGCAGCAGGAUCCUCUGAUGUAUAAUACUGUUGAUAUGCUAGCCACCCGUGCAUUCCCCUGUAUGAUAAACCACCUAUUGAGGGAUUAGAGUCCGUACCGCGCCACAUCCAGCAUCACCCACGCCAUCAUGACCAUCACACACGUGUACAUUCUUUUGUUGCCCUUCGUGCGACUCCCCACAUUUCAUACGGCAUCGAGUUCUGGUCCUCAAUAUCACCUCCUUUGAUGACUUUGUUUUGACACUAAUGGAAUUGUGAUUUUCACCAUGCAAAGCAAAUGAAAAUAUACAGAUAAUAAUC